GUCAUAAUGCCACCUGGACUUGCCUCCAAGCUGAUGAGCUGGGACGGCGAAAGCCUUGCUGGGCACCUGAUAGCCUUUCAACGGUCUGCAUGCUCUGUUCUGCCAAGUUCACCGUCUGGCGCAGGCGCCAUCAUUGUCGCUCUUGUGGGCGCCUUCUAUGUUCGGCCUGCCUAUCACACCGAUUUCCGCUUAAUUUCUUUCGGACUAAAAAUACGUCUACUUCUGCUAAUAAACUGGUUCAAAAUGUCUCAGAACCUA